AUGGCAGUUGGUUUUAGCGAGACCGUUUUCUACGGAGAUGAGCGGGUCUUAACAGCUAGGUUACACGGCAAACACCUCAACAUAUCUGUUGUUGUAGCCUACGCUCCGACUGACGGUGCUGAUGACGGAGAGAAAGAUCGUUUUUACAACGUUUUAUCAGACACGUUUGGUGAACUGCCCCGACAUGAUCUGAAACUGCUACUGGGUGACUUCAAUGGAAAAGUUACUUCAAACCUAGAUAUGGAUUCGAGGGAGUUAUUGGUGGAGAAUCUCUCCAUAGUUCAUCAAGCGACAAUGGGACCAGGCUCAUGGAUUUCUGUGCAGCCAAUCAACUUGUUAUUGGUGGAACUCUGUUCCAGCAUAGAGACAUCCACAAGGUCGUUAGCUAAGAUCACUGCUAAAAGGCAUGAUGUGCCUGCUAUCGAACAUUUGCGAAACUCGUCUAAGGUUCAAGAGUACAACGUGGCUCUUCAGAACCGUUUUGAUUGUCUGGCUAAUGAGGUCAACCUUGAGGACAUGUGGGAUAAUUUCAAGCAGACAGUCACUGAUGUCUCGAUGGAAGUGCUUGGAAAGCGUCCCCGGAAGGUUAAAGAACAACACCUUUCGCAAACCUCUAAGAACUUGAUAGAGCAACGGGGAAUGUUCAAACGGAGGGAUCCCACUUCAAACGUCAAUAGAUCAGCCUACUCUAAACUUAAUAAAUUAGUUAAGAAAAGUUGUAAAAUUGACGACAACAACUGGGCUACUAAAAUAGCGACUGAUCUAGAGGAGGCUUCUAAGAAAGGCCAGCAAAGGGAAGUUUGGGAUAAGAUAAAGAAGAUUUCUGGGAAAAAGAAGAAGAAAGUGGGUAUGUCAGUUAGGGAUAAGGACGGUCAUUUUAUUACAGACCCGGACAGUCAGAAGGAAAGGUGGAAGGAGCACUUUACUGAGCUCUUAAAUCCUCCACUAUCGGAUGGCAAUCUUGAUGACCUCGAUGGUGUGCCCUCACAACCGAGUUUUGACUACCUUUCUUGUUCUGAUGGACCUCCUUCUAGAGAUGAGAUUAGUUAUGCUCUAAAGAAACUGAAGAACUGCAAAAGUGCAGGGGUUGAUGAGAUAACUAAUGAACAACUUAAGUAUGGUGGAAGUGCUCUUGUUGGCCAACUAGAGCUACUGUUUAAAAAGGUAUGGGAGGAAGAGGUGAUCCCUGAGGAUUGGCUUAAAGGUGUUAUAGUGGUUAUCGGAAAGAAGGGAGACACCUCAUACUGCUGCAAUAAUAGGGGUAUAACUCUUAGGGCAACGUCUUCUAAGGUUCUUCAAAUGGUUCUUCUUAAGAGGCUGGAUGUUGGAAUGGAGUGUCUUCUUAGGGAAAAUCAGUGUGGGUUCAGACGGAACCGCUCAUGUAUUGAUCAGAUUUAUUCCAUCCGCACCAUUAUUCACAACUGCAUUGAGUUUAACAUUCCACUUUAUGCAUUCUUCAACGGAACCAUGAGUGCUGUCAGGGUUAAUGGUGAAAUGUCUGAUUGGUUCUCUGUUAAUUCGGGCACUGGACAGGGUGAUAUCCAGGGCCCUCCUGUAUUUAAUUUCUGUCUGAACUUUGGAAUCUUUUUGGCCGAGGUUCACAAGGCAAUCAGUCAUGGUGCUGUACUGCAAAAGGAACUAAAGGGUGCAGAUGAAAAAGUUAUCAUGGAUAGUGACUACGCUGAUGAUCUGGCAGUGAUGGACAAUACUGAAGUGCGUCCCAGCGACCUUACACCGAAAGAGACAGUAUAA